CUCGUGGAGGACUCAAAAAAUGGUUCGGAAGGAAGGGGUGAAAAUUCAAAGCACGUACAUGAAAAAAUAAAAGGAUAAAAAGAGAAACAAGGAACAUAGAAAAACCAAGGACAUGAAGGCUGCAAUUGUUAAUGGGCCUAUAUUACACCCUGAUGAUGAGAUUGUUGAAGAUAAUGAUUUUUAACUGGAGAUGAAUAAUAAUCUUCUUAAAAAGGAAGAGGAGGACUUUAAGCGAAAAAUCGAGCUUGAAGCUGAGGAACGGAAACUUGAGGAAACUCUGGAAUAUCAAAGAAGAAUAGAAGACGAGGCUAAGCAGAAACACCUUGCUAUACAGCAUAAGAAAUUAAACACAGUUGUAUCAGGACAACUCACUGGUGAUGAUCAAUCCAUGAUUGAUCCAUUAAGUAAGCAGGAAAAUGGAUUUCCAGAUGAUUUUCUUCAUACCACUAUCAAUUAUGUUGAUAAGACCAUGCCAAGGAUAGGUAAUUCCCAAAGCAGCCUUCAUAUGAAGGACAAUCAAGAUAGGGCGGUGGAAGUGAUUGAUAACAAUGGCAGUUUGCUUCAUACAAAUGCUAAUCAAGACUAUUUCUCUUCUACUGCAGGCUUGCCUAAUGGUGAUGUUUUAGAAGCUGGUCUUUCACAUUCUGACCAUCCCAUGAAAAGUGAUCAGAGGAUAGGAAGGAGAGGUAGGCAGCACAAGAGUUCUGCAAAGUUGGCAGACACAAAGUUCCAAGAAUUGUCUUCUGACAAGGAAAAUAUUGAAGUUGGACUUGUUCGAACCAUGGAUAGUCAGCGUAGUGAUAGAGAUCUUCCUUCCAUGGGAGACAAUGCAACAAAGACUUUGCGGCAGCUAAAAGCUGAGGAGGAUGAUGAAGAACGAUUCCAAGCUGACCUUAAAAGGGCUGUACGCCAAAGCCUUGAUGCAUUUCAUGCCAACCAGAGGUUUCCCUUGGCAGACAGUUCAAGAAUGUUCCAGGACACACUGUUAUCUAAGGUGGAGGUCACAUAUGAUUCAUCUAAAGAAUGCCACAACUGGAGAUGGCGAGAUUUAUGUUUUUGGUACAGUCGAUGUGGCAUCUAAGACCGUUUUGAGUUGAAUUUUUGAAGCAGUCUACAUCUGGGCAUAUACAUGUGGGAGAUCCUUGUGUUACCUGUGCACUUUAUGAUAUCUUCCUUGCUUUGAAUAGGGCAUCCUCAAAAAUGAAAAGAGAAGCGAUUGUCCCUACUUCUUUCAGGACUGCUCUGAGCAACCUUUAUCCAGAUAGUAAUUUCUUUCGGGAGGCAAUUCCAAUAUGGAGUCAAUGGAAAGAGAUUGCAAAGGAUCUUGGGAUUGCAUAAACUCUGGUUGUAUGGCACAUUCUCUUUUUGGGAUGGAUAUCUUCGAAAGGAUGAAUUGCUACAAUUGUGGUUUGGAGUCUCGACACACGAAGUAUACAUCUUUCUUCCAUAGCCUUUGGACUUUUUGAUCACAUCCAAAUUGACCCUCGAAUCGAUCUGGAGUAACAAAGACAUGCCCUCGAGGUUUAAUUCAUAACUAAUGUUGUAGUGAUUAAUUUUUGGAUUGCAACCUAUGGU